GGACUCGGCAAAGCGCGGUACUCCAGAAGGGUGGGGGGAGAACACCCGUCACUCGCAACGUCUAGGCACUCUUCUGUGCUGCCCUUCUACAAAAUAAGAGCAUUACCUGCUGUAAGACGGACUCCCACCAUGCUAUGUCAUCCUUUGAAGCUGGUAAUUUUCCUACUCCUGUCCCUCACAGGAUUGUCAGACAUCAGCUCUCUGGAGAUGUACCCCAGUGACCCAGAAGUCAUCCUCACCCUUUCAAGAAAUUUUUCCCUGACGUGCUCAGGGCAGAAUGAGGUAAUCUGGAAAAAAGAUAAACAUACCAUAGAUGCUGUGCUGGAGAAAAGAGGUGGCAUUUUUGUUAGCAUCCUCACACUCUGGAAUGUGACUGGCGUCAAUACGGGGGAGUAUUCCUGUGUCUACAAUCAAACUUCCAAACAAGUGCAAACAGAAGGGAAAUCCAUCUACAUCUUUGUACCAGACCCAUCUUUGCCCUUCCUUCCUAGCAGUCCAGAGGACAUGUUUGUUUUCAGCACUGGCCACACUGAGGACAUUAUCCCCUGCCGUGUCACAGAUCCCAACACUACGGUGACCCUUUAUGAAAGAAGGACUGAGAACCCAAUUUUUGCCACUUAUAACAAUAAGCAAGGCUUUAAGGGGUACUUUGAAGACAAGACCUUUGUCUGCAGGGCAACAGUGGAUGACCAAGACAUUGAUUCUGAAGCAUACUAUGUCUACAGGAUCCAAGUGCCUUCCUCUCCAACCUCUGUCAUCAAUGUUUCUAUCAAUGCUGUACAGACCAUAGUGAAGCGGGGUGAAAAUAUCACUGUAAUGUGUUCAGUGAAAAACAUUGAACUGAUAGAUUACACUUGGAGGUAUCCUGGCCAGAUGGUGGGCAAGGUGGUAAAUCCUGUGACAGACAUUCUGCCUGGGAUCAGCCAUUCUACUAUUUCCAUCCUAACAAUCCACAAUGCAGAGUUAGAAGAUGAAGGGCUGUAUAUCUGUGAAGCCACUGAAACCUACCAUGAGGAAAAAGAAACAAAAGAAAUCUUUAUCCAAGUGAUUGAGCAUGGAUUUGUGACCUUCCACACUAUUCUGAAUGACACAGUGUUUGCUGAGCUGCAUAAAAGUUGCACUUUCCAUGUGCAGAUUGAAGCCUAUCCAGUCCCCACCAUUGUGUGGCUCCAGAAUAAUCAGCCCCUGAUUUUAGAGAGCAACAGCGGAUUUGCCAUCAGCAGUAGGAAUCUGUCAGAAACUAGAUAUCAAACUACCCUAUUCCUCAUAAGGGUGAAACCGAGUGAGGGAGGCUUAUACACUGUCCGAGCAUUCAAUGAAGAUGACUCGCAGGAGAUGUCGUUCUAUUUGCAGAUUAAUGUCUCAGCUAAGGUGAUGCACCUCAUAGAAAGCAUCAACUCUACCAGUGGGGAGCAUACAGUGACGUGCAUCACAGAAGGAAUGCCCCUGCCAGAGGUGGUCUGGUAUACCUGUAACAAUGACAAACGGUGUAAUGGGGAAGCAAAAAGAAUUCUGGGAAAUGCCUCUGGAGAGAUGGAUCUACAGACAAAUUUCACAUACCAAGAGGACCUGAUGAUUUACACUGUGACAAGCAAGCUGCACUUCCACAGAGUAAAUGAGCCGGUCUUUAUAAGUUGUGUUGCUCAAAAUGCUUUGGGCACACAUGCUCAAAACAUCACCCUGGUGCCAUACA